AUGUUGAGGGCGGCUAUUAUCGGGAUCCAUUUGUCGAGAAGGGAGAUGACUGGUGGUGAGAGGGGCCAGAAUAAGUCGAGAUGGAAUUUCUGUAUGGAGAUGGUUCGUUCGGUUACAGAGACAAAGCUUUGUUGUGUAGUGUUGAACAAUUGUUCGGAAGAGUCGAGGUUGGGGCUAGUUGAUCCUAUGGAGGAGUUGACGGAGACACAGUUUUGUUGUGUAGUGUUUAAUAAAUUUUGGGAAGAGUCGAGGUUGGGGCGAAUUGAUCCAUUGUUGCGCCGCCAUUGUCUGCAUAGGAGGAGAGAGAUAAUGCGGUGCAAUUUGGAGCGAGUCAAAGUAUCAUACUAA